AGGAUAGGAAGCUUCACACACACACACACACACACACACGGCUGUUAAUCACAACGGUCAAGUCGGUCCGUGUAGGUCUUACGGGGGAAAAAAAGCAGCGUUUUUUUUAAAAAAAUUAAAACAAGAUCUGAGUGUUGGUGCGGUCCGGAGCGGAAACCCGGGGAAGGGGUUCCCCAUUGGGGGAGGGAUGAAGGGAUCUGACUGAUGAUGGUGAAACAACGGCAGCACAAUGGGCAGCUUUCCAAGUCUGGUGAGAGUUGUAGCGAUAGUUCUUCCCGGGAGAGUUCACGCAGUUCAACACCAAGUCUGGAAUCGGACCGGCUACGUGAGAAGAUGAGGCGCCGGAUUGAAUCUGGAGAUAAAUGGUUCUCGCUGGAGUUUUUCCCCCCACGCACUGCCAGUGGUGCUGUAAAUCUCCUUUCCAGAUUUGAUCGCAUGGGGGCAGGGGGUCCACUUUUCAUCGACGUGACCUGGCAUCCUGCUGGAGACCCAGGGUCAGAUAAAGAAACCUCCUCCAUGAUGAUAGCGAGCACUGCUGUGAAUUACUGCGGGUUGGAGACCCUACUGCACAUCACCUGCUGUAACCAGAGCAAGGAACAGAUCACAGAGCACUUGCAAAAAGCUUGUCGUCUGGGCCUGAAGAAUGUGCUGGCACUCCGUGGUGACCCAAUAGCUGAUAAAUGGCAGACUGAAGAAGGAGGAUUCAAUUAUGCCAGUGAUUUGGUCAAACACAUCCGUAAUAAGUUUGAUGAUUAUUUUGACAUCUGUGUUGCUGGCUACCCAACUGGACAUCCGGAAUGCACCAGUUACGAGGAGGAUCUCAAACACUUGAAGGAGAAAGUAGAAGCUGGAUCAGACUUCAUUAUAACCCAACUCUUCUUCAAACCACAAACCUUCCUGAAAUUCCUAAAGGACUGUCGUGCAAUUGGAAUUACUUGUCCAAUUCUACCUGGAAUCUUUCCCAUACAGGGGUACCACUCGCUGCGUCAGCUGGUCAAACUGUCCAAGCUACAAGUACCACAGGAAAUCAAAGAUAUCAUUGAGCCGAUCAAAGAUAAUGAUGCUGCUAUUCGAAACUGUGGCAUUGACUUGGCCACAGAUCUGUGUAAAGCACUGCUGACCUCUGGAGCAGUGCCAGGGCUCCACUUCUACACGCUAAAUCGAGAAGUAGCAGCCACGGAGAUUCUCCGACGACUGGGCCUGUGGAUUGAGGACCCCAGACGACCCUUGCCUUGGGCUGUUAGUGCCAACCCAAAGCGGAAGGUGGAGGAUGUCAGACCAAUCUUCUGGGCUUCAAGACCAAAGAGUUACAUUUACAGAACUCAAGACUGGGAUGAAUUUCCAAAUGGCAGAUGGGGGAACUCAUCCUCACCAGCAUUUGGCGAGCUGAACGAUUAUUACCUCUUCUAUCUGAAGAGUAAUUGUGCAAAGGAAGAGUUGCUGAAGAUGUGGGGGGAGGAGCUGGUGAAUGAAGAGCAUGUCUUUGAGGUCUUCACAGCUUAUAUCACAGGAGAAUCCAACAGGAAUGGUACAAAAGUAACUUGUCUCCCCUGGAAUGAUGAAUCUCUGGCAGUGGAAACCAAUUUAAUGAAAGCAGAACUACAGAAGGUGAAUCGCAGAGGUAUCCUCACCAUAAAUUCCCAGCCCAACAUCAACGCCAAGUCCUCAACGGAUCCUGUGGUGGGCUGGGGCCCUGAGGGAGGUUAUGUGUUUCAGAAGGCCUAUCUUGAGUUCUUCACCUCCUCGGAGAAUGUUACUGCACUCCUGCAGGUUCUGAAGAAAUAUGAACCAAGAGUCAACUAUCAUAUAGUUAAUGUGAAGAGUGAGAAUAUAAACAAUGCUUCUGACCUUCAGCCGAAUGCUGUAACCUGGGGAAUCUUCCCUGGACGCGAGAUCAUUCAACCCACAGUGGUUGAUCCCAUCAGUUUCAUGUAUUGGAAGGAUGAAGCAUUCGCAUUAUGGAUUGAGCGGUGGGCAAAACUGUACCCAGAAGAGUCUCCGUCUCGGCAGAUAAUUCAGAACAUUCAUGACAACUAUUAUCUGGUCAACCUGGUGGACAAUGACUUUCCACUUAAGAACUGUCUCUGGCAGGUGAUUGAAGAUAUGUUCCUGUUAAAAUCGAUUGAAAAGCCAUGUGAUGAUGCUGCUGCAGUAGAUGACCUAGCAGCAGUGCCAUGAUUCCAGAAAGCAGAUUUGCUGCAGCAAUGGGAUCCUGAAUGUUUACUCCCAAACGUGUAAGCAAACGGUAGCUUGUUAUUGUUACACCAUGUGCUCAAGUCAAGUUGAUCUUGGAUAGCAUUUGAUUCAACUAGCUGUGGUUAACACUCACACCAUUGACUCUGGUUGGAUUUGGUAACAUUCACAGCUCACUAGGUGUGGGGCAGAUGAGAGCAAAAAUAGUGUGCAAUCUGGCAACUUCUGACCUAUCUGGUUAAAAUCCAUUUUACUGUGAUAUUUAUGUGCUGAAAAUAAAUAACUUAUUGACUCCCUACAGCUGAGUGUCCACUGUAAACUAGCAAUGGUGAUGGCAGUUUUCUCUAUAAAUAGGAAGCAUUAGAAAUAGUCCCCUUGCAUAACGUGAAUAUAGAAGUGCCAUUAGUACCAUAGGAUCUACUUGCCUUCUGGGAGAGUAAAUCUACAGGCAAAAUUUGGGCACUAAUCAAAUCUGGAACAUGAGUUGUAUGAGGCUGACAGUAAGGGAAAGGCACUACUGUUGAUCUUUGCAAAUCAGCAUAUUCUGAUGGGAUUCAUAUGGGGACCAAUGAACUCUGGCUCCUCUAGUUUCUUCUUUUUCCUUCUUGCACAAAUGCGAACCAUUGCUGAGAGAGGCAGAUGGUCGGGGUAGAGGAAAGGUUUGUGGAUAGAAUGGAAUGUGCAACUUCACUGGGUAAAAGGCCAGAUAGAUGACAGCUGCAGUUGUUGCUUUUCAAAUACAAAUAGCAACUUGACCUACAAAUGUUCUCACUGUUCUGCACAACUUUUACAAAAGUCAUGUCACUAUUGUAUUCAAACAUCACCAUAUUUAAAUAAACAUUCACAUAGAACAAA